GCCCAUGGCAACAGGGCAAGAAAACAUUACAGUAACCCCCCCCCCCGCAUCGCCCAACGAUCAAACGAUGGACCUUUGCGAUGGACCCUCUCCCCUCCCCAUUUAGCGUGGUCACCGGUCACCUGACUAAAACUCGUCACAUGAUCACGGAGCUCGAGGGAGGAUCAUCGGUUUUUUUUUUUUCUCAAGGUUGCGAAUGUGAUUAGGUAAACAGAUUCUGAACAGUCAGCGAUUAGAUGCAGGAAGGACAAUCGGAGAACAUGGACAGCAGAGAAGUGCCUCAUGUUCAGAUAAAGGACACAGAAAGUCUCCCGCCCCGUGAUGAAAAUGUAUCGCUCAUUGGCACAAAAGUGAAAGCUCAGAAUGGUAACCUGUAUUUCAUAGUAGGAUUGGUUUUACUGGCACCUCUCGUUACAGGCUUCUCCAUCGGCUAUUCAUCUCCUGCUCUCCCAAAGAUAGCGUUUCCUACGAAAGAGGAAGAAUCAUGGUUUGGGUCGUUGCUGAAUAUUGGCGCCAUGGUAGGUGGUCCUGUGGCAGGGUUUCUGCUCCAGUGCGGAGGUAGAAAGCUAACCAUCAUGUCAACCGGUAUCCCAUUUAUCAUUGGAUGGGUGCUCAUAGGCACAGCUAGCAACGAACAUGUCAUCAAUCUCUACUGCGGUAGGAUUCUCACUGGUGUAGGAUGCGGAAUGUCUUGUUUGGCUGUACCUAACUACAUUUCAGAGGUUGCCCCUCCUAAUCUCCGUGGUUUCCUGGGAUCUAGCUUCCAAGUUGCUGUGACUGUUGGAAUUCUUGCUGUCUAUUGUCUAGGUAUUCCCUUCACCUAUUUCUGGCUGGCUUUGACCGGUGCAGCAUUGACGGCCCUCCUCGUCGUUGCCAUUGUGAUGGUCCCAGAAACCGCCAGGUACCUUCUCAUGAAGCGUUUGAAGGUGCAGGCAAUGGCUGUAUUGAGGAAGUUGCGUGGUCCCAUGGCCGAUGUAGAAUUGGAAUGCCGAGAGAUAGAGGAGGCUCUUGACUCGUCUGAUGAUACGUUCCGAUGGUCCGAGUUCUCUCGUCCAUACCUCUACAAGCCUCUUCUGAUUUCCCUGGUACUGAUGUUUGUCCAGCAGUUCAGCGGCAUCAACGCAGUCAUGUUCUACACCGUCAGCAUCUUUCAGAGUGCAGCGCCCUCUAUCAACGCCAACGUUGCCACGGUGAUAGUAGGUGCCGUACAGGUGGUCUUCACGUGUGUUGCAGCUCUUCUCAUGGAUAAAUUGGGACGCAAAACGCUCUUGAUUGUAGGAGCCGUUGGUCUGGCAGUCAGCUCAACUGUAUUUGGAUUGUAUUAUCAAAUCACUGGCGAUGAUGUUGAAAAGCAGCACAAACUGAGCGCUGUCUCACUUUGCAGUAUCAUCGUCUACAUCAUCUCAUUCUCGUUGGCAUGGGGACCGAUUCCCUGGCUGAUCAUGUCGGAAAUCUUCCCUUCCAAGGCAAGAGGAGCUGCCAGCGGUAUCGCAACUGCCUUUAACUGGGGUUGUGCCUUUAUUGUCACAAAGGAAUUUUCUCAUAUGCAGGAGUCAAUGACGAAGCAAGGAAUCUUCUGGUUUUAUGGUGGAAUCUGCUUCCUUGGAGCCGUUUUUGUCUUCUUCUUUGUUCCAGAAACCAAAGGGCGCUCGUUGGAAGAAAUCGAAGUGAGCUUUGCAGGCAACGACCGUAGAAGGAGAUAAAUUACUUAAGCGACACAACUCCAAUAUAUUGCCAUGAAUGCAUUUGCCUUUUGAUAUUUUACUAAUUUCUUAUUAAGUCAUAGGGAAUGAGUUAAAUUACCAGUCCCCUAUUUGUGGUACUGAAUGAUUAUCAUUUAUACCAUGUAUUUCCUAAGCACUUGUCCUUAAAGUGUAUUAUUACUCACCAUGAUUAGUAAGUGUACUUUUUUGAGGGUUGCUAUUUGUAAUAACAGAGCAUUCCCUAAUGUUCGCUGGUGGGUGUAUGGUCCAAUAUAUUACUGAAAAAUUAGCAAAAUAAGUUGGCAUGAUUUUUCAGCUUUUAACUUGAAUCAUCCAUGUACAAAGCCUAUAUGGAAAUCACAUAUCACUUUUCUUUGAGUGUUUCUAACUCCGGUAGCUUGCGCUACUUAGUUUAUUUAAAGUAGUAUUUCUGUAGAAUAAGAUCACAUUGUAUAAAUGUGUGCUACAUCAUACAGUAAACUGGUCUCAGUUUGGUCCUUAUAGGUUUCAAAAGAGCCAAUUCAAAUUGAUAGAGUUUGAAAUAGCUCAAAAUAGCCCAAAAUAAAAACCAUUCCUUUUCAUUGAGUGUGUCUACCUCCCGUAGCUUGCACAACUUCAUUUAUUUCAAGUAGUAUUUCUAUACAAUAAGAUCACAUUGUAUAAAUGCGUAAUGCAUCAUCAGGUAAACUGGUCUCAGUUUCAUAAAGACUUGUUAUAAUAACAAAUGCCUAAUUACUAUAACAAGUUUACUAUCAGCCAAUCAUAUUGAUAGAUUUCAGUAGAUUUAAACUGUUGAAAAUUUCUUAUUAUAACAAGUUUUGUGGAACUAGCCACUUGUUUUAUUUUUUUCCAUGUGACCACAAUUCAGAAUCAAAUAGAGUAUUUUAGAUCUGAAUGAUAACCCAUUGUUGUAACGAAAUGUAGGUUUUUGUCCAUUUGUAUAAUUUUAUUUCGUACAUGGCUGAUUAGCAAUUUGUAGGAUGAUAUGAUAUAUCAUCUACCAAUUUUGAAGUGUUGAUUUUUUUUUUUUACAAAUGAUGACUUUGGGGAAGUUCAUAAUAGUUCACAAGGUAUAACCAUAAUAUAAAUUCAAGUAUGUUAUAAUGUACUUUGAUAAGGUCCAUAUGUAACUUUGUAUCCAUUAUUAUCACAAGCCAGUCAAAGCUGAUUCAUAUACAAAGUUUUUAAAGUGUACAUUGUUGACUGUGUAGAUUUACAAGUUAAUUCGAGAGUAAGCUUCAAUGUCUUGAAUUGAUUCUUCCUGCAUAUUAAAAAGUACCUAAAAGUCACAACAUUUAUUUGAUUAUUAUAUAAUAUAUAAGUGAUUGUGAUGAUAAUUGAUUGCUACAUGUCCUGCUUGCAAGUGGCAGGACACGUGAGAAAACACUUGUUAUAUAGAGAAACUUGUAUGUAUUGUAAAGACCACCCAAAUGAGACAAGAAAAGUGGUCUUCAUGAGCAGGUGGUCUUCUUGGAUAGACAUGUUCCUUCAAUGUAUGUUUUAAUCUGGAAUUCCAAUCAAAGGAAACUAAAUUUGUAGUCUUUAUAGACAGGUGACCCAUCUAUACCGGUGGAUACUAAAGGUUUAACUGUAAAUAGAAAGAAAGAAAAAUAAUUGUUUUUAAGAUUGUUCAGGAUAUAUUAAUUUUAUUUCAGAAAGACGUAUUUCCAAGCUGUGCUUGCAUAAUAUAUAUGUUAUAUUUUUGAUAUUUGUACUUUUAUAUGAUAUAUUGAUGGCACUACAUUGUCAAAUGUCAAAAUUAAUCAGGUGUAUUAAUCUACUUACAACAUUGAGACACAUUUCAGAUCAUAUGAAAGUUUUUAACCUUGUUCAAAGUUACAUUAGAAAGCACUACAAGCAGUGAGACUACCACAGGCAUUUCACUUGUCAAAUUGAAAAUAGUCAAAUAGUCAAAUUGACUGGUUGCCAAAUAAAAAGAAGACCCCCCCCCUUGUUGAUAUUUAUUUGGAAAAUAGUGAUUUAACAUGAUUAUUUUCAUUUGUCUUUCUUUUUGUAAUGAUAAAUUGUUUUGAAAUGGGUAACCACAAAGAGAUCUUGUCAUAUAAUUAUCAUGAAUAAUGUCUCGUCAAGUGAGAAUAAUCAUUGGUUGUUGCUCACCAUGGGUAAACUGAUGAAAUGUGUAAUGAAACUUCCACCAAGGGAUAAAACCAAGUAAUUUCCAUGAUAGCACUAAAGUAUCAUUUUGUGAUGUUUCAUUUCCUAACUAUCAUUAAAAGCAUGUGGUUUUAGCCAGUGGUGGUUCCAGCGAAAGGGGGGGGGGGGUGGGGUUGGGUUGGGUAGUGAUAAUUUGAUAUUUUGUCUUUUUGAGAGAAAAUAACUGAUCAUGACAGUGAUCAGUUGUAAGUCUUUGAUAACCUUUCUUUUUUUUUGCUUGUCAAUAUCUUCUUGGCUAACAAUGAGGUAAUUUCUUGCCAAUGAGAACUGUUUUAUUUUCAAAAUUCUUUUGUCAUAAAGAAUGGAUAAUUUUUCAGACCCCUCCCAGUUAUAUAAUCCUGGAGCCACCACUGGGUUCAGGGAUUAUUAGUAAAGUUAUAUUUUUUGUUGAUCUGGUUUUACAUCUAGCCCUUUUUUACUCAGAAAUAAUAAUUAAUGACUCAUAGCAAUGAAUCAAUUGGGCUCUCAUUUUCCAAUUUCAAUGUAGCGAUUUAAGAUGAAUAAGGUGUAAUUGGGAAUUAUAUGUAUAUAUAUAUCUAUAAAUCUGUUUUUGUCUGCUUCAUAUUAUACAGCUUUGUCAUAUGAUUUCAUUAUGUAGGUAUGCUCAACAUUUCAAAAGCAACCUCAAGUAACUGCCCAUUUAAAUCAUUUGAGCCAUAGAAAUUUUUUCAACUUUGGAGAAAUUGGACUGAGAAGAGAGGUAAAUAGAAUCCAUGACAUUUGAACCGGCAACAUUUGCUCCAAUGGAAAGCCAAACAUAAAACUAAACCUCCGAAACUAAAUAAACCCUAAUCCAUAUCUUUACAUUAUUCUGAACCAAAAACUCUAUUGCAAUCCUUACUCUAACCCUAUGCCCUCUGUGAUAUUAAGACCGGGGCAAAUGUUGCAGGAGCAAAUGUUGUGUGAACAUAUACACUGGUAAAUAGCACAUAGAUUUUUGCACAAACUAUUCAGAAAAAAGAAGUGAUUAUUUGUAGACUGAACUGUGCUUUCUUUUGCCAAUUUGCGUCUGAUUAAUUCACUUCUAAAGCUAAACACACACUUAGCUUCUCUUUUCAUUUUCUCCUGUUCAAAGCAAUUAUUUUCAAAUAUAUAAUUUUUUGUACUUUUAUACUUGAACAUUAAAAUUCUAAGUUUUUUAAUUUCAUGAUCAGUUCUUUUGACAUAUUCUUAGCAGAUUAUGUAUCUUUUUUUGUCUUAUGUAGUUAAGGGCUGUAUUCAUUCUUGUUGGAAAUGUUUAUUUUCUUCAUUAAUUUUUCUUCCAGGGAUGUGAACCUGGGUGAUUGAGCUCUGUUUUCUGUAUAAAAAUUCAUAUCUUGAAAAAUGAUUUUCUUUUUAAAGUUACAAGGGUUACUUCUUUGAAUAGAAACUGGCAACUAAUA